AAUAGAACUGCCCAGCUAAAGAUGUUACAAAAAUUGCAACAGUUUUUCCAAAAAAAAUCCGUGAAAUAUUCUAUACCUUUCCUUGUACUUGUGGUUGGGGGUUCCUUUGGUCUUAAACAAUUCACAGAAAAUAGGUAUAGGUUCAGGCGAAAUAAGUUUUUGGAUAAGGAAGAAGCUGAAAAGUGGGGGAUUCUUAAAAAAGAUAAGAGUGAAGUUACUCUUGAAACAGAAUUUGAAAAAGUCAAGCAGAUCAAUAUAAGUGACUGGGAGAACAAAAGAGGACCAAGACCAUGGGAGCAGGUUACUGAGAAGUGAGGGGUUUAGUCUUUAGGUAGAAAAAUGAAUCCACAUGUAAUGCACUCCAUUGAAGAGCUAAGUUAUGUAAAAGAUUUGAACAACUGGAGUAAUAAUAAUGUUCAGUUUAUUGGGAAACUUCUGCUGGGUAUUGAUGGGGUGUACAUGUGUGAAGGAAUAGAAAAGAAUUCAUCUGUCAA